AUGUUCCUGCAAAGUUCGUUACUAAGAAUAUGGGAAGGCAGGAAACGCCAAAACAAUAUGCAAGAUAUAACAUGGCAGUCAACAGUAUUGCCAUCACAGGAAACAUCGACUUUUGACAUUCCCCCACGAGGUCCUGAAGCAAAAUUUUACGUUGGUGUAGAUGUCGGAACAGGCUCUACAAGAGCCUGUGUUAUUGACCAAUCUGGUAACAUGUUGUCGCUGGCAGAAAAGCCCAUAAAAAGGGAAGAAUUGAAAUCGAAUUUUAUCACUCAGUCUUCGAGAGAAAUCUGGAAUGCCGUUUGCUAUUGUGUUAGAACGGUUGUUCAAGAAUCAGGAGUUGACCCAGAAAGAGUUCGUGGAAUAGGUUUUGAUGCGACCUGUUCCUUAGUAGUUGUAUCGGCUACUGAUUUUGAAGAAAUUGCAGUCGGACCAGAUUUUAGCAACAAUGAUCAGAAUAUUAUAUUAUGGAUGGACCACAGGGCGAUGAAGGAGACUGAAGAAAUCAACUCAUCUGGAGAUAAAUGUUUAAAGUAUGUGGGGGGGCAAAUGUCUGUUGAAAUGGAAAUUCCAAAAAUUAAGUGGUUGAAGAACAACCUAGCAGCAGGACUCUUUCAGGAUUGUAAAUUUUUUGACCUUCCAGAUUACCUGACAUUUAAAGCUACGGGAAAAGAGAACAGGUCAUUCUCUUCUGCCGUUUGUAAGCAGGGAUUUCUACCAGCGGGCGUCGAGGGUUCCCAUUUAGGUUGGUCUAAAGAAUUCUUGAAUUCAAUUGAUCUCUCAGAGCUUACAAAGAAUGAUUUUGAAAAACUGGGUGGAUCGUUAAGAGUAAAGAAAAACUUUUUGAGCGCAGGUGAAUGCAUUAGUCCGCUAGAUGGAAAAGCUGCCCGCCAACUAGGCUUGUCUGAGCAUUGCGUGGUGAGUUCAGGAAUUAUUGAUGCAUAUGCAGGCUGGGUAGGGACAGUAGCUGCUAAACCGGAAUCAGCAAUAAAAGGUCUUGCGGAGAAAGAGAACUAUAAAAACGACUUCAAUGGCGCUAUUGGAAGAUUGGCUGCCGUUGCUGGUACGUCUACUUGCCAUAUUUUGUUAUCGAAACACUCUAUAUUUGUCCAUGGUAUUUGGGGACCCUAUAGGGAUGUCCUUGCAAGAGGCUUUUGGGCGGCGGAAGGUGGCCAAAGCUGCACAGGUGUUCUUUUAGAUCAUUUGAUAACGACGCAUCCAGCUUUUACUGAGCUUUCCCAACUGGCGAAUUCGGCGGGUGUCUCAAAAUUUGAAUACUUAAACUCAGUGCUUGAAACCUUGGUUGAGAAACGCAACGAGAGAUCCGUUAUUUAUUUAGCCAAACACGUCUUUUUUUAUGGUGACUAUCACGGUAAUCGGUCACCUAUUGCAGAUCCGAAUAUGCGUGCUUCUAUUAUUGGACAAUCUAUGGAUAAGUCAAUUGAAGAUCUAGCGAUUAAUUAUUUGGGUGCCUGUGAAUUCAUAUCACAACAGACAAGGCAAAUCAUUCAGGUAAUGUUAGAAAGUGGGCAUGAAAUCGAUGCUAUCUUCAUGUCAGGUGGACAGUGUCGAAAUGGCUUGUUAAUGAGAUUGUUAGCUGAUUGCACUGGCUUGCCAAUAGUGCUUCCUCGAUACGUUGAUGCUGCUGUUGUAUUUGGUUCUGCAUUAAUUGGAGCUGCAGCAAGUGAGGGUUUUGAUCAUACAAGCAAAAAGAGGACUCUUGAGAUCAAAAAAUCUUCUCAGGAACAAACGGAACAUUUCAACGGUUCACAUCCAUCGAUACAAAACAUGUCAAUAGAAAACGAAAACUCCACGAAUGGCCUUGCACUCUCUCAUAAUCUACCAUGUCAGAUCCCAAGUGCUUCUGUCAAGGUGAGUAGCUUUUCUUUUCCGGUUUGCACGCAACCACUAGCUGAGACGGUCUCUGAGGAAGGUAGCAAGAAUGCUUCGUUGACCGUAGGACUGGAGAACCUGGAAGAGGAAAACUACAACGGCUUUCUAUGGAAAGUUAUGCAAGAGCUAACGGGUGAUGCAAAAGUUGUCAAUCCACAUAAGAGAACCCAUCCAGACAGGAUUCUUUUAGAUACAAAGUACCAAAUUUUUCUGGACAUGAUUGAAACACAGAGAAACUAUAGGCGUAUGGUAGAUAAAGUAGAAGAGUCCUUUAGCAGGUAA